UCCAGGUCUGCCCCGAGUGAAGUUUGACGGAAAAUGUUACUGAAGUUUUGGAACUGCAUAGCUUUUCUUAUAAUAUUUGAGACAUCUUUUAAACGGGCCUUGGCACAGAGUGAAGAUGACUGGCAAUAUGAGGAUUGUAAACUGGCCAGAGGCGGCAUACCUGCGACUAUAGUUGCCAUUGACGAAGAAAGCAGAAAUGGCACAAUAAUUGUGGACAGUAUGCAAAUCAAAGGGACAGCAGGAGUUCCAGAUGCCACUAUAGAACUUUCCUUGAAAGAUAAUACUGACUUCUGGGUCAUUUUAGAGGCAAAAACACAAAGGCUAUACCUUAACAGUACUGGAAGAGUUCUGGACAGAGAUCCGCCGUCAUCCAUCCAGUCCAUCGUUGUCCUUGUACAGUGCUUGAAUAAAAAAGUUGGCAGCAUCAUAAACCAUGAAGUAAGAAUAGUAGUGAGGGACAGAAAUGACAACUCACCACAGUUCCAAAUGCAGAAUUACAGAGCAGUUGUAAAUGAGCUAACACCAGUUGGAACAACAAUCUUUACUGGAUUCUCAGGGGAUAGAGGAGCUACUGAUAUAGAUGAUGGACCAAAUGGGCAGAUUGAAUAUGUUAUUCGAUACAACCCCAAUGACACUGCAUCAAAUCAAACCUUUGACAUUCCUCUCACAUUGUCUGGAGCAGUGGUAUUAAGGAGAAGGCUGAAUUAUGAAGAGAAGACUCGCUAUUUUGUCAUUGUUCAAGCCAAUGAUCGUGCUGCAAAUCCUAAUGAACGAAGAACCAGCACAACUACUCUGACAGUUGAUAUCCUAGAUGGUGAUGACCUAGGACCCAUGUUUCUGCCAUGCGUCUUAGUGAGCAACACUCGUGAUUGCCGCCCCUUAACUUACCAAGCGAGCAUUCCAGAACUCCGCAGUCCUGCAGCUGUAAACCCAGUCAAUGUCACGCCAACUAUUCAAGCUAUAGACCAGGAUCAGAACAUACAACCUGUCUCAGAUCGGCCUGGGAUUCUUUAUUCAAUUCUUAUUGGUACUCCCGCGGAUUAUCCAGAAUAUUUUUUUAUGAACCAGACUACGGCAGUGCUCAGACUACUGAAGCCAGUAAACCGAGAUUUGCACCAGAAAUUUGAUUUAGUGAUAAAGGCAGAGCAAGACAACGGGCACCCUCUUCCAGCAUUUGCAAACCUUCACAUAGACAUUUUGGAUGAGAAUAAUCAGGCCCCAUAUUUUACACUGUAUACAUAUGAAGGCUACAUAUUGGAGUCUUCACCAGUUGGAACAACUAUCUCAGACAGCCAAAAUUUAACUGCACCACUAAAAUUUUUAGCUCUUGAUAAUGAUAUUGAGGAGACAAAAGAUCCCCAACUAUAUCUCUACUUAAAUGCAUUUCAAACAGUUUUCUCUGUUACACCAACUGGAAUUACUCGUUACCUUACUUUACUUCAACCGGUUGACAGAGAGACCCAACAAACCUAUCAAUUCUCGAUGAUAGCUUCAGAUGGCACCCAAGAAAGCUUGCCAGUCACUGUGAACAUCAUAGUAAUAGAUGCAAAUGACAACACUCCAACUUUCUCCAACAUAUCUUACAAUGUCAAGAUUUAUACGGACAUGAAACCAGGAGAAAGCAUCAUCCGACUGAUAGCUCUUGAUGCAGAUGAAGGAAUUAAUGGACAGAUUACUUAUGAAAUCUUGGCUGGAUCUCAGGGAAAAUUUGAGAUUAAUGGAAGAACUGGUGUUAUCACAAUCUCCCCAGGAGUGUCAGUGUUGGUUGGAGAAACAUUUGCUUUAACUGUGAAGGCAUCCGACAACGCUCCUCUCAGUCAAAGAAGGAGUUCUAUCACCACAGUAUACAUUGAAGUUCUUCCACCAAACAACCAGAGCCCUCCACGCUUCUCACAGUUGUUGUAUACUCUUGAAGUUAGUGAAGCUAUGCGGAUUGGAGCCAUUUUAUUAAAUCUACAGGCUACUGAUAGGGAAGGAGACCCAAUUACAUACUUAAUUGAAAAUGGAGAUCCUCAGAAAGUCUUUAAUUUAUCUUUGAGUUCUGGACUUUUAAUGUUAGCAAAAGGUUUAGAUAGAGAAAGUACAGAUCGCUACAUUUUGAUAGUAACAGCGUCAGAUGGCAGAGCAGAUGGGACAUCAACUGCUACUGUUAAUGUGGUGGUGACAGAUGUGAAUGACAAUGACCCAGUCUUUGAUCUUUACCUGCCUAGAAAUCUCUCAGUCCUGGAGGAGGAAUUAAAUGCUUUUGUCGGUCAAGUAAGGGCAACAGAUCCUGAUGCUGGAGUCAAUGGCCAAGUCCGUUACAGCCUGGCAAAUCUAAACAAUAUUUUUCGUAUAACUGCCAACGGGAGUAUAUAUACAUCUGUAAAGCUUGACCGAGAAACAAAAGAUUAUUAUGAACUUAUUGUUGAAGCAACAGAUGGAGCAGCGGACCCACGGCGUAGUACAAUAACACUUGCAAUUAAAGUGAUUGACAUUGAUGACAAUAGCCCCCAGUUUACAAACUUCACUUAUUCUGUCUCUGUGCCAGAGAAUAUGAUUCCAGGCACGGUGUUCUUACGCGUACAGGCAAAAGAUGCUGAUCUUGGUGCUAAUAUUACUUAUCGGAUAAGAUCUCAGGAAGUUUUACAGCUCUUUGCAAUGAACCAGUCAACUGGGGAGUUGUCCCUUUUGAAACCUCUUGAUUAUGAGUCAUUCACAAACAUAGAGGCUGUUUACAUGUUUAUCAUUGAAGCAUUUGAUGUGACUGGGACUAUGCCCCCUGGACUUGCUACCGUAACAGUGAGAGUUAAGGAUAUGAAUGAUUACUCACCAGUAUUUACUAAAGCUCUGUAUUGGGGAAUGGUUGCUCCAGAUGCUCUCAAGGGCACCCUUGUUGCUACGGUUGCAGCUGAAGAUAAAGAUCCUCCGGGCACGCCUGCGAGCAAAGUUCGAUACAAGGUAGACGUGGUUCAGUUCCCGUACAGCGCCAGCAUAUUUGAUGUCGAAGAAAAUACUGGUCGUGUUUUAACCAGGGUAAAUCUCAAUGAAGAGCCCAGUACAAUUUUUAAGCUGGGUGUCAUCGCCUAUGAUGAUGGAGAUCCAGUGAAAUAUAACAGCACUACAGUGAUAAUAACAGUUUUGCAGCCAUCGGUUAUUCCUCGUUUCACACAAGAGGAAUACAGGCCGCUUCCUGUGAGUGAAUUGGCCCCACUUGGAUUAGUUGUAACAGUGGUAACAGCUGCUGCGCUUAAUCAAACUGUCGUGUAUUCAAUUGUCUCAGGAAAUGAUCAGGGAAUAUUUGCCAUUGAUAACAGCACCGGGGCUAUCACUGUUGCAAAGCCAUUGGACUAUGAAAACACAACAAGCUACGUGCUCAGAAUCCAAGCAGACUCAAUGGAAGUAACUAAAUAUAAUCUACGCGCUGCUUCGAAAAGUAACACAGCUAUGGUUUACAUUGACGUACAAGAUGAAAACGACCAUGCACCAGUAUUUUCCAAAAAAGUCUACCUGGGUGGAGUUUCGGAAGAUGCUCGAAUGUUUGCUUCAGUACUUAAAGUUAAGACUACUGAUAGAGAUACUGGUAACUACAGCUCCAACAAUUACAAGCUGGUAAUACCAACCAUGAAAGACAGCAAAGAAGGUUUCGUCAUUGAAAUUCACUCUGGUAUCAUAAAGACUGCAAUGCUGUUUAAAAACAUGAGAAGAUCGUACUUCAAGUUUAACGUGAUCGCAACUGACAAUUAUGGAAAGGGACAGAGCAGCACAGCAGAAGUUAUUGUUUCUGUGGUCAAUCAGUUGGACAUGCAGGUUAUUGUCUCUAAUGUUCCUCCGACGGUUAUUGAAGAAAAUAUAGAUGAUCUCAUAAGGAUCCUAGAGGGAUAUGUGCAGGACCAAAUCCCUGGCGCAUCGGUGGUGGUGGAAUCAAUAGGGGCUCGAAGGUUUGGAGAUGGGUUUUCCCAAGAGGACUACACUCAGAGCGACCUAAUGAUUUAUGCAGUAGACCCCAAAACUAACAGAGCAAUAUCACGGAAUGAGCUUUACAAGUUUUUGGAUGGGAAAGUCCUGGAUAUCAACAAGCAGUUCCAGGAUUACAUUGGCCAAGGAGGGCGCAUUUUGGAAAUCCGAACCCCGGAUGUUGUAGCCAAUGUAAAGAAACAAGCGCAAGCCGUGGGCUACACAGAGGGAGCCUUACUUGCCCUUGCCAUUAUUAUCAUUCUCUGCUGCAUCCCCGCCAUCAUGAUUGUUAUGGUCAGCUACCGACAGUUUAAGGAGAGACAAGCUGAGUGUGCAAAGACAGCAAGGAUCCAGAUGGCAUUACCAACAGGCAAACCAUCAACUCCUGCUGCCAAUAAUCUGUAUGAAGAGUUGGGUGGCAGCACUAUGCGUGGAUAUGCUCGUCAGGAGCAACAACAAUUACUGAGACCUUCUCUUCUAAAGCCUGAGGAACUGUCCAUGGAGUCAGGAAUUGAUCCUGGUCAAGAAUUUUAUGGCCAAGACUACUAUGGCUAUGAACAUGGGUAUGAACUGCCACAAUAUGGAAGUCGCCGCAGAUUACUGUCACCAGCUGGCAUGUAUGAAGACUAUGGGGAAGUGGUCAUGGAGAAUGAUGGAGGAUAUUACUACAGCCCACAUGGGCCUGGAACAGAAGGCGAUGUAAGUAACACUACUAUAAUUCCAGCCCGGGUCUCUUCAAGGAGAGGGAGAGGACAGGGUCCUCCCAUGGGUAGAGGUAUAGCAGGCCGACCUGGAUCACCUAGAGCUAGUGUGCAAGGUGUAGCUAGGAGCAGUCAGGGGAAGAAAAAGCUCAAAGCAGUUAUGCAAUUAAGCCGACUGGCAGUCAGUGCUCAAAAGUCUUCUGAGCCUGCAGAUGGUUUGCAUCAUUCUCCAUGGAAAAAAGCAAGAAUAUUUCCAAUGAUCCUUAAAAAACGAAAAAGCAGUGGGAAAGAAUAUGCAAAACUGGUCUCUGCACGUCAAACUGAUGGUGAGGAUAGCAUGGUUAUUAAAGGAAGUUAUUUCCAAAAGUCAGCUGAUGGACCUGCCGCAGUAAGAAAGUUUGACCGUGCUAUUAAACGGAUCACUGUUGCCCGGAAACUUCAGGGAGGCAGAAGAUCACAGAGCUCCUCUGCUAAAACAUCUAUAGCUGAAAGUGAACAUGAUGAAGAUGAAACUGAAGUUAGUGAGUCUGAAAGAGAGGAUAGCAAAUCUGGGGUUUCCAUUACCGUCACAGCAGAAAGUGAAUCUGAAGAAAGUGAAAGUUCAGAGGAGGAGCAGGAUGAAAAGGCAUCAACAUUGUCAGAUGAAUCUUCGAUGAAAGGUAGUAGCGCUCCUUCUCAAACAGAAGAUAAAGAUUAUUUGAAAGUGACCCUAGAUCGGGAUGACGCUAAUGAAAGUACUGUAGACUCAGAUGAAGAAAGAGAUGAAAUUGAUGAAUCAGAGGAUGAAACUCAGUCCACUUCGAAGUCUGUUGUUAGCAAACCAGAUGAAACAGAAGAAGAGAGUUCUGAAGAUGAAGGUUCUAAAAAGUCAGAAACAUCUGACUCCCAAGGAGGCGCUUCAGAAUCAGAGGCAGAAGAAUCAGAAGCAAAAACAUCCAAGAGAAGUUCUGAGAGAGAGUCUGCAAGUAGCAGGCGUGAGAGUGACAUUUCCAGUGUGGUUAGUGGAAAAAGUGAUGAGGUGAGUGGAGAAUCAUCUAGAGCAAGUGAUAGAAGCAGUUCAAAAUCCAGUUACAGGUCCAAGAAAUCAGCUGUUGAUAGUGAAAUAAAAAGUACUAUAGAAGAAGGCACAGAGGAAGAAUCACAGUCAGAAGAAGAAGAGGAGGAAGAAGAAGAAGAAGAAGAAAAUGAAGGAGAGAAAGAGGAUAAAAGUAAAGAAAGUGACACUGAGAGUCAAAGAGAAACAGAUGACAACAUGAGUCGUACUUCUGCCUCAAGAAAAUCUGUUGAUAGUCAAAUGAGUCAAAGUAAUGCAGAAAGUAAUGAUGAUGAUGACAGUGAUAAAGAUGAAGAAGAAGAUGAAGAAAAUAAUGAUACUCAUUCUGCAGUUAGCCGUGAAGCAGAUAGCACUAGUAAGCAAAGUGCUAGCAUUAUACCCAGUCAAGAAGAAGACAAUGUAUCAGAAGCCUCUCUGGAAUCUGAUGCACAGAAUUCCAGUGGCAGUAUUGCCAAGAAUAAAAGGAUAAAAUUUGUUGUGGAUCGGGAAUAUGAAACCAGUUCAACUGGGGAGGAAAGCGCCCCUGAAUCUCAGAAGAGCCAACUCAGUCACCCAAACAUUCAAAACAACAUCAAUGGAAAUAUAUAUAUUGCACAAAAUGGGUCUGUGAUUAGAACCAGGCGUUCUUGUCUCACCAAUAAUUUAAAAAUAUCUUCACCUUUGAGAUUAGGAAAGCAAUUAAAAAAAUUGGACUUUUUGGGAGUGACACACGAGGAAAAUAUUCAGUUGAGCACUUUGUCUAAAGAGGCCCCUAUUAAACUAAACUCAAAGCCUUCGUGUAUAUCUCUGGCCUCUAACAAUGCCAUGGCCAAAAACAUAACAUUCAAGCCAGGAGAACAUAAAUUAAAAAGCACAGAAGAACAAGAGUCCGUUGUUGAUAAUAAUGAGGAUGUCAAAGAACACAGUGAUCAAACACAAUCAGAUGAAGAAGAGCUAUGGAUGGGGCCUUGGAACAAUCUUCACAUACCAAUGACAAAACUAUGACCUUUUUUUAAAAAAACUGAUUCAAUUUCUAAAAGACUGCACUUUCUAUGAUCACAGAUGAAAAAAUAUAUAAUUAUUUUAUUGUGCACAUUUUACUUUAUUUCAUUUACAAGUAACAAAAUAUUGCACUUCAAUUUUUUAUGUUUAAUUACUUUUUCCCCAUGACUUUUUUUGACUGGUUAAUCAUUGGGCAACAUUGUGAUCCCAGAUUAAAUUAGGACACUCACGGGGCUUUAAUGGUUUAAUUUACUGUAUAAGUUAAUACUAAAAUGCAUAAUUGCUUUUUUAAAAUAUUUUCUUAAAAUAGCAACCUAUUACCAAUUUUAAAUGAUUUUACCAAAACUCUGUAUCAACUGCCUAACACACUGUACUUGUGUUUUUACUGUGCACAGUAAAUUGAGAGAACAAAUUUCUCUUUGUUUGUUACUUUUGGAUUGUGGCUUCUCGCGUGGAUAAAGAAAAAGAGAGUGGUGGAGAAAAAAAUGCUAAGACCGUUUCCAAACUACAAAAUUUGAGGUUGCAUUUUUUGUCAUGAUUCUAUAAAACUGUGACCAAAAAAUGUUGACUGCAUUCCCAAUCAGGUUUUUUCGCUCAAAUGUUCAAGAUUUAUUACACAGUAAACCUUGAAAAACUUGACUUGAAAACUUCUAAAUCCUGAAGACAUGCCAACGGCAAGUGUAUUUUCAGCAUCUGCAAAAAUUUAUACAAAUUUUUUUAACACAGUUGAAAUUUUACAGCCUCACUAAAAAUUAUUUUUAAAAAAUAAAAUUUCUGGUUAAUCACAAUCUCUGAUCAAAUUUUGUGGUUUUGGCUAUAGCUUUUUUACAUGUAAUUUAAAUCUUAAUAAGUCAGCCUCUGGGAGGCUUUUCACAUUUUACCCUUGAAUAGUCACGUUCAGGUUUUGUUGCAAAAAAUACUUUUACAUUGUUCUAUUCAUUUUCAGUGAAGCUGGAAAUCUUGGAUGAUUUAAUAAAUUGGGAAAAUAAAUUGUAACACUAUUUUGAAUUUUCCCAUUAACUUGUAUAGAACUUUGCCAGUUUUUACUUGCCAAGUUUUUUAGUUAAAACAGCCAGAUGAUUCCAACCAUGGCAACAUUUUAUUGAGAACUCAAGGUCAUAUCUAUUAAAUCCUUUGACAGAAGCCCAAAAAAGUGAGGCAUGCACAAUCUAAGUAAACCAAUGAUUAUAUAUGGCAUAAUUAGGUUCAAUGCCCUAUUUUUGGAUGAUCAACUUUGAUGCAAUCAGAUCAUUUUAGGAGCCAGAAAUCCACAUGAUAAUGCAGUACAGUUGAAAGUCAGACUGCAUUAAUUUUUAGCCUAUCAAAAAUUACUAAAAAAGGAUGCAGUUGUAGAAUCCAUGGCUAUUCAUUUCUCUGUUCUUUUGUACUCAGAAUAUUUUAUAUAUCUGCUGUUGAGGUUUUAUGGUUCAGGACUUCCCAUUUUAUGUUAUGUUAUUUGCUAUGACAGAGAAGAAUGACAAGGGAUACCAUUUGUAAGCAAAUAUACUAUAUAUGGGAAAAGCCCAGUGAUUAUCUUUACUCAUACUUCAUGGUUGGUUACCAAACUAUAAUUCAGUCUCAGGGAUUUUUUUAGCUACUCUAGCCAUAUGUUACUGCACUAAAAUUGUUUUAGAAAGGAGAAAUGUCCCAGUACUAACUCCAUACACCAUUGGAUUAUUUUUGUGUGAAAGGGAUUACUCCUUAUGCGGUUCCUUUAAUAUAUCGCUGUCUACAGAAUUUUGCAAGAAUUAGUACAAUGGAAACACACACAACUUAAUUUGUAUAAUUUAUUUUUCCUAUCUGCCUGAAGAAGAGAACCUGUUGAAAGCUAGGCUGACAAUUUUUGAAGAACUCAGUAACUACGGAAAAACGUACACAUUUUUGUCGAUUGUUGAAGCUAUAUAAUUUUGACUGACCUAACUGAAUUGCUUUCAUUAAUGCAUAUUUUUGUCAAAUAUGGAUUGAAAAUAGUGCAAAAAUGUUUUUGUUGAAAUUAACUUUUUUUCUUAGAAAAAACAAUGUUAUUU